AUGAGCACUGGGCAGGAGGCCAGGAGAGACGAGGGAGACUCCAGGAGAGGCCAGGAAGCCUCGCUUCGGGACCGAGCCCACCUGAGCCAGCAGCGCCGGCUCAAACAGGCCACCCAGUUCUUGCACAAGGACUCGGCUGACCUGCUACCCCUGGACAGCCUCAAGAGGCUCGGCACCUCCAAGGACCUGCAGCCACACAGCGUGAUCCAAAGACGCCUGGUGGAGGGAAACCAGAGGCGGCUUCAGGGGGAGUCUCCCCUGGUGCAGGCACUGAUCCAUGGCCAUGAUAGCAGCAGGACCAGUGGGACACAGGUUCCAGCUCUUCUUGUCAACUGCAAGUGCCAGGACCAGAUGCUUCGAGUGGCGGUGGACACAGGGACUCAGCACAAUCAGAUAUCUACUGGCUGCCUCAGGCGCCUGGGGUUAGGGAAGAGAGUCCCAAAAGCCCCAGGUGGGGACCUGGCACCGGGGCCACCAAGUCAGGUGGAAGAGCUGGAGCUAGAGUUGGGGCAGGAGACUGUGGCAUGCUCGGCCCAAGUGGUGGAUGUGGACAGCCCUGAAUUUUGCCUGGGACUGCAGACUCUGCUUUCCCUCAAGUGCUGCAUUGACCUGGACCGUGGAGUGCUUCGGCUGAAAGCCCCCUUCUCGGAGCUGCCCUUCCUGCCUCUGUAUCAAGAGCCUGGCCAGUGACCACUGUCUCAGCCAGUCCCCAGGGCCACACUGUGCCUUAGGGGAAGAGUGGUGUGGAGGGGGACAUUUCCUGACAGGGCACCUGGAGACCACUGCAUUACUUUUUUCUCACCACCCUGAUCCUGCAGUUGCCACCCCGUCUCUGCUUCUCCAUAGCUGCCCUCUGUCCCAGGAGUUCCUACUGAGAGUAUCUAUGACUCCAAGGCCCCGGCUUCCCCAUUCUCUCUUAUCCCUCCCUGAGAGAACAGCCAAGUCAGUUACAGAAAAGGAUCUACAGAAAAUGGGCUCUAGACUUUGUCCUGGCCAUAGGGGGUCAAGGUCACCUGCUGCCUGCACCUGCCUGAGGCCCACCCCAGGCACUCCUUUCCUGCCCUUACCCCACCUAUAUCUCCAACCUCUAGGGCUUAUCUGUCUC